AUGAGACUUCUUCAUCUACUCAGACCAGCACUUUCUAUUAUUCCAGAAGUACAAGAGCCAAGAUUUCCUCAACCAUUGAAGGUCAAAGUGCUCAUCACAGGAAUUACUCUCUUUAUCUAUUUGAUUUGCUGUUAAAUCCCAUUAUACGGUGUAUACAGAACUUCAGGAUCUGACCCUUUCUAUUGGAUGAGAGUUAUCUUGGCCUCAAAUAAAGGUACCUUGAUGGAAUUGGGUAUUUCACCAAUUGUAACAUCUGGAAUGAUUUUACAAUUCCUUAGUGGAGUAGGAUUUAUUGAAGUUAAUCAUUCGGUGAGAGAAGACAAAGUACUAUUCAAUGCAGCCUAAAAAUUAUUAUCCUUUAUUAUGGCAAUUGCUGAAGGAAUGGCAUACAUAUGGUCUGGUGCAUAUGGUGACAUAAAUCAAAUAGGAGCUGGUAAUGCCAUUCUUAUUUUGUUAUAAUUAACAUUUGCCGGUGUUAUUGUUACAAUGUUAGAUGAAAUGCUUUAAAAAGGAUAUGGUUUGGGUUCUGGUAUUUCAUUGUUUAUCGCAACUAAUGUAAGUGAAAACAUUCUCUGGAAAUCCUUUUCACCUAUUACCUUGUCCACUGAAGCUGGAACUCAAUUUGAGGGUGCUAUUAUUAAUUUCUUCCAUUUGUUAUUCACAAAAUAAAAUACCCUCUAAGCACUUUAUUACGCAUUCUUCAGAGAAUCAGCUCCAAAUCUUAAUAAUUUGUUAGCCACUUUGUUUGUGAUCUCAUUGGUCAUCUACUUAUAAGGUUUCAGAGUGGAAGUUCCAUUAGCAAGUUAAAAAAUUAGAGGAUUAGUGUCAUCACAUGGAAUUAAAUUGUUUUAUACCUCCAACAUCCCAAUGAUCAUCCAAAGUACCCUUGUUUAAAAUGUUUAUUUCCUUUCAUAAUUACUCUAUCGAAGAUUCAAAACCAAUUUCUUUGUUAAAUUGCUUGGUACAUGGUAAGAGGCAGAAUUUGGUGGUUAAUCAGUACCCAUUGGAGGUUUGGCUUAUUACAUGUCUCCAUUAAGAGAUGUCAAGGAUAUUAUUAAUGAUCCAAUUCAUGCAGUUGUUUAUGUCUUAUUUGUUGUAUUCAUGUGUGGCUUCUUUGCUAAAUUUUGGAUUCAAAUUUCAGGAGAAAGUGCUAAAGAUGUGGCUAGAAAAUUCAAAGAUGAAUAAAUUAAAAUUAAAGGAUUGAGAGAAGAAUCUAUGGUCAAAUAUUUAUCUGGUUAUAUUCCAGUGGCAGCAUUUUGUGGUGGAGUUUGCAUAGGAUUAUUGACUAUUGUUGCUGAUAUUUUGGGAGCUAUAGGAUCAGGAACUGGAAUUUUGUUAGCUGUUACAAUUAUUUAUGGGUAUUUUGAAACAUUUCACAAAGAAAAAUCUGAUAAUCAAUCCAUAUUUUGAUCAUUAUCAUUUUAUCUAUAUGUAUAAAAUUAUCAUGUAUAAAUUCAAACUUC